AUGACCAGUACUAGUGAGAAGGAAAAGAAAUUAGAGGAGGUCUAUGAUGCCAAAAAUUAUGGGGGAUACGGUGGAUAUGGAGGAUAUGGGGGGCCAUAUGGAGGCUAUGGUGGCCCUUAUGGAGGAUAUGAUGGAGGAUAUGGCGGCCCAUAUGGAGGAUAUGGCGGUGGGGUGCUGCCAUUGAUUCCAUUGAUUAGGAGUUUGCUUCCAUUGCCAUUUCCUGGUAUACCUGGGCUGGGACGAUUGGGGUUCGGUUUCCCUGGGAUACUUGCAGAAGAUCAGGGUGGGAAAGGAUAUGAUAGUUACCGUAGAGGUUAUUAUGGCGGGAAGGGAGAUGAUAAUUACCCUGGAAGUGAUUAUGACGGGAAGGGAGAUGAUCCUUACCCUAGAGGUUGCUAUGGAAGCCGGAAAGGAGAUGAUCAUUACCCUAGAGGUGGCUAUGGCGGCCGGAAAGGAGAUGAUCGUCACCCUAGAGGUGAUUAUGGCGGGAAGGGAGAUGAUCGGAACCCUAGAGGUGAUCAUGGCGGAAAAGAUGACAAUGGUGGUAAGGGAGAUGAUAGUGAUCACGGAGGCAAAGGAGAACGUUCCAAAGAUGAUCGUGGUGAAAAGGAACGUUCCGAAGAUGAUCAUGGUGGAAAAGGAGACCGUUCCGAAGAUGAUAACGGGAAGAAAGGAGACCAUUCUAAAGAAGAUAACGGUAAGAAAGGAGACCGUUCGAAAGAUGACCAACGUGGGAAAGAAGAUCGUUCUAAAGACGAUCGAGAUGAAAGAGGAGAUCAUCAAAAAGAUGACCAACGUAGAAAAGGAGACCGUUCUAAAGAUGAUCGAGAAGGAAAAGGAGACCGUCCUAAAGAUGACCACGGUGGGAAGGGAGACAACCCCAAGUAUGAUUAUGGUAGGAAAGGAGGCAUUCCAAAAUAUGAUGACGGCGGGAAAGGCGUUGGUGGCUAUCCAUAG